UCGGUGUCCAGCUGGGUCAGCGUGAUGUGAAGAUCUUCGUCCAAAACCCGCUUCAUGUCCUCGUACUUCUUCUGGAUUUUCUCCCUCACUGCAUUGGUCUUUCUCUACACGGAACAGGGCGAUAUCCAGCUUCCUCAUGCAGCAGCCCUUAUUGUGAGCUGAGCAGCGUCUCUGAACAGGUGCCCCACAGGUUUGGAUAUUUUGAUGCUGGUUUGAAGUGACAGAGACUGACGGAUCGCUGUGCUGUUUUUUUUGCUCAGGUUUGCUGUCACAAUGUCUAAGGCCCAGAAGAACACAGGAAAAAACGCAAAGUUCUACAAACCAGUGAGAGAUGUGACGGAGAUCAGAUCAGGAUAUCUGUACAAGUCUCCUCCAACAAGACGAAUGAAGGCAGAGAAAUCGUGGAAGAGGAGGUUUUUCGUGCUGUUCGAAAUCAGCCAGAACGAACAUCAACUGAAGUACUUCAGGAGUGCAGAGGAAAGGGACAGCCCACUCGGAGGGAUAGAUUUGUCAAAUAUCUCACUUUUGUAUGUGAACCCUCAACAACACCAGAGGUGGGGAUGGGUCCCGGGGAAAUUCAGUUGCUCCCCCUCCUGUGUGCUCUGCAUCAAGGCUGUCAACCGGGACUACUUCCUCGUCGGGGAGAACAGUGAGCAAGUGGACGGCUGGUUCUCUGACCUGUUUGACGCCCUGAAAAACCGGCCGCAUAAAUGUAUGAGCUCAGAGCCAGUGCUCAAAAUACGGUCCAAGUCUGAGCCGCUGUCAAACUCUUUGGAUAAAAAUGCCAACAAAUCCAAGGAGGGUGAAGAUUUUUCAAAAAGACCUGCAUCUGAACCUGUGAAUCCAAACUAUGACUACCCGAGAUCCUACUCUACAGAGACUCAAGCCUGCGAAAAUGAUUCAACCAGCGGCAACACGGUGGAGUCACUAUAUGAAACGAUGCGGGAAGUUGUACCUGGUGAAGUAGCUGAGGCAGCAGCGGACAUUGAAGUUGAGUGGGUGACCGGCAGUCUGAUGAGGUCUGUCACUCAGGCCUUUGACAAACUGAAGACCCAGAUUACGCCACUGCCUCCGUUCAAUGAGGAGACAAAUGACGAAGACAGAGAAGAGACGCAUCCUUCGGACUUCAGCAGCAGCUCCAGUGACAACGGGGCCACCUCUCCCAUGGAGAUGCUGGAGAGUCGAAACGUGCACACACUGGAACAACAAAGCUCUACUGAGAGUCUGGACCACAUCAUCCCAGAGGAAAGAGAUAUUGAGGUCAAGCAGGCAGAUUUGAAAAAACACCUGACGCUAACAGAAGUGGAUGGGAAACCGAGUGUGUGUGGGUGGACAGGCCAGCCGCAGACAGUGUGCCUGUUCCACAUGGGAGACCACAUCCUGGCGAUUAACGACUUGCACAUUGACAGCGUGAAGGAGUUCAACAUGUACAUCAGCAAGUCGCUCAAGAACGAGGUGAAACUCACCAUCCUGCGUCUGCCCGGGUGCUCGCCGCUGCAUUCCCCGAACUGUGUCUGCAGUAACUUGCAGGAAACUGACCAGUAGAGAUGAGACAGCUACUUCUACUAUUGCGUCCGGGUGUGUUAGAAUGACUCUUUGAGGCUCCUCCUACCUACAGUUGGGUUUGUACCACUUUAGAUAACAGACAGUAUUUUCACCCUGACUCACAUUAUAUGUAGAAUGAUACAGUAUGUGGAGUGAAUACAAGAACCCGCAGUUGUACUUAGUAGCCAUCUUUUCUAUCAGUGUGCUACACAAGGUUUUUAAAUAUGAAAUGAUCUCAGAAAGCAAGACCACAUGUAGACACAUUAGUAUCUUAAGAAUAUUUAAAAAAGACAUUGAUAUUUAACGAACAUAGUGCAGGUGGCUGGUAUGAGAAGACUUCUAACAAGAAGUGGUUAUCCCAGGAGAGUCCAGGGAUUGCAAGUCAAAUGCAUGGAUGGAAAAUACACUGGACUUUUAGAAAAUGGAGACAGUAAAAGCAUUUGUCAAUCAUACAUUGAAAAAAUUUGCUUCACACUGGGGUAAACGUCUUGAUGUCCUUUAGGUCUGAUCUUAUUUUCAUAAAUCAAUGAAAACGAUCACUUCCUACUACUGUCCAUCAUUCCCCCCCCCCCUUUUUAGUUUUUUGGAAUCAAUGUGUAAACCUUUGAUCUAUUUCAAAACUUGUGGCAAAUGUUUGAAUAUAUGAUAUAUAUACUGUACAGUAUGGUAUCUUAAAUACAUUGUAUGCCCGGUUAUCAAAGACUACUGGAAGGGGAUACACGAUGCCCUACAAGACAUUUUCAAAGAUGUUAUGCCUUUAGAAAUCAAGACUAUGUAUUUUGGGAAUUUACCCAAGACCUGAUUGAAAAAGGACAAAUACUUGUUGAACAUUCUGUUGGUUGCAGCUAAAAAGGCUUUAACCAGGAAGUGGUUAUCGCAGGAGAGCCCAACUCUAAAUGGAUGGAUGGACAUCACAAUGGACAUUUACAAGAUGGAAACGAUAACAGCAUUUGUCAAUCAUAAAUCAGAGAAAUUUAACUCAUACUUUAAAAAGUGGAUUCACUUUGCAAUGCCCCAAAGGCCUGAUUUUGUUUUCAAAGAUCAUUAGUCAGUUUACAAGGAAACAGACUACUCCCUAACUGUUUUACAGUUCUUUCAACUUUAAUUUUAUUUCUUUACUGUAUUGUGUCGGUAUGUGUGUACUUUUUUCAUACUUUUGCACUAUUCAUGUAUCAAUGAUAAAUGAUGUGGAAAUAUUUGACACUAAAAACCAAUUAAAAAAAAAUAAUAAAAAUAUUAAUAUAUGGAAA